AUGGCUUCUGGAAAAUGGCUGCUGUUAUUGGCUAUAAUCUACACGGCAUCCGCCGUUGACGAAUGCGGACUAUGCGUAAAAAUGGCACAAUAUGUCGUGUCGCUGGAGGGGCAAACAUAUGCAAAUGCGAAGGCCAAGGCUGAGGCUAGCCUCAAGAACUUCAACGCGGCUGAUAAGGACUUUUUGAGCACGCUGAUCAAGCUCGGAUUCCGAAAGCUCUACAUGGAUGCUAAUCACAAGGCUACGGGAAUGAACACCGGCACAACUUGUGCGGAUCUGGGUUAUUGUGAUUCGAAGGGAGGCUUCAAACCGACCGGCUUCUCGAUCGUCGAUUCUGAAAAUAGCUUCUGGAACUCGCACUCGCAGAUUAACAAUGUCCGUGACAAGACCAUCAUUGUUGUGCAUCAUACGGUAGAUGCGACGUUGAAGGACAGUUUGGCGGCUAUGGAAAAGAGUGGAUUGUCGGUGCAGUAUAUUGUCGAUCGCGAUGGCAAGAUCUACCGGCUUGUAGAUGAUUUCCAUCGAGCCUGGCAUGCUGGAGCAGGAGUCUGGCGUGGAGAUGGAUGCGCUGUCGAUGACACCAACUCCCGCUCAGUCGGCAUCGAGACUGUCAAUACCGGUGGCGAGCCAUUCCCGGCCGUGCAGGUUAAAGCCCUUCACGAACUCAUCGGAUACUUGAGGACCAAAUGGCACGUCGCCCCUCAAAAUAUUAUUGCGCACCACGAGAACUCACCAUGGCAAAAAUACGACAUCUCGGGGUACUUCUCGUGGAAGAGCCUCUACGACGAGUUCGGCGAGGUCAAGGCGCUUUGGACCACGAAGCUGAGCCCGGCCGAGCAGAAGGAAGUCGUUGUUUCCGGCAAGAAACCGAAUGCCGCCGUUCUGAAAGAAGUUCAGCAGAAACUAUACGAUAUCGGGCACGGUUGGGUGCAUGUUGGCGAUGGCUAUGAGACAUCGACUACGAAAGUUACCACAGCCAUGGCGAUUCAAUCCUUCAACCGGAAGUGGUGCCCUGAGAUUUUCAUCAAAGAGUCAGUGAAGAAUGGUGAAGAAGUGCUGCACUGGGAGAAUACCCAGACCUACAAACUCACCAUCGAGCGCCUCAACUGGCUGCACACCAACCUCAAGAUCCCCGGAUGCACAAAUUAU